CCGCAGAUCCACGCACGCGGCGUCAAAAAAUCCGGAGCCGUGCUGGCGCUGGGAACUCCCCUGCCUCUUUCCUCUCGGGCUCGGGCACCGCUUCGCCUUCUCCGCACAGCAGCAGCCGCCGCUUAGGGAUCGGGACGCGGAAGGCGGAUAGGGGAGGACGCGAGGGAAGGGCAGGCGACUCGUCCCGUCCGCGGCAGCUUCCUUCCCUCUCCGCCGCCCCCGCGUUCCCUGGGCCCCGCCUGCGCCCCCUACCGCCGCCGCACGAUGAGCUCCUCCACCUCCUCCUCCCCCACUGCCGACGCCACCGUUGCCGCGUCACCGACCCCCGCCGCUGACGAGGGGCGGGCGACGGAGGUGGUGGUGGACGAUAGGGUCGCUUCCCACGUGGACCCGUUCCUCGUCGAGGCGCUUGACAACCCUCGCCACCGCCUCAUGGUUUUGCGGAUGGAACUGGAUAUACAGAAAUUUAUGCAGAACCCUCAGCUGCAAGAAUUUGAAUUCCAGAACUUUCCAACUUCUUACCUCCGCUGUGCUGCUCAUCGUGUUGCACAACAUUAUGGCUUAGAGACUAUAGUAGCAGAUAGUUUAGUAGAUGGUUCAGUUAGCAGGAUAGUUGCAAGAAAAACACCAGAAAGCAGAUAUCCAGCAAUUGCUUUAUCAGAAGUUCCCAGCAGACAAGCAAGAAACGACCAUGAGGCAGCAGAGAAGCUCAAGUUUGUCAUCUAUCAAAGGCCCAAAGCAUCUCAAAAUGGCGCAGCUGAUGCUGGAAACAAGAGUGGUGCAUUAAAAACUGUUGAAGAGAGGAUAGAUGAAUAUAAUAAAGCACGUGCACGCAUCUUCAAUGGUUCCAUUUCUGCAGACACUGAUGCUACAAGUGAUCUGGUAGCUCUUUCCUUUGGCAGAGAUGAGCCAGUGAAUGUUGAGCCUUCUGUUGAUGAGAACAAAGUCAGCAUAAUGAACAGCCGUUCUAGGGUUGCUGUUUUUAAGGAUGCUGAAAAAGAUCGUAGUGACCCGGACUACGAUCGGAAUUACAAAAGGUAUGUUAGGAGUCCAGUGCCUGACUUCAACAUGAGCCCUGCUGCCUUCAAUUUUGUUGUGCCCCAGUUUAUGCAGUAUGGGGUUGGUUAUAUGCAAUCUGCUGGCAUGUCAACAAACCAACCUACUGUGUACUUUGGUCAACCUGAUCUAUCUAUGGGGUCGUCUUCUGGAGCAGCUGUUUACCCACAUUGGCCAACCCCAGCAAUGAUGUAUCCUCAUUGCUAUGACAACGUUGGCCCUAUGGUUUCUCAGGUUCCCCUCUACCAGUCCUUCAACCAUGGUUAGGAUAUUCUACUUGCUGGAAAGUUGGGAACAACUCUUGUUGAACUUGCUAUAUUGUGUUGUCGUAUGUUAUGUGGAGUCUAUCUCGGAGUCAGGCCAUUUCUAGUACCAAAUUUCGUGUAGCGUCAGACGUAGUUGUAUAAGGAGUCCUAAUUCGAUGAAACUAUUAUUAUGAACUAGUCUAAAACUGCGGUGCUUGUCUAA